AUGCCUCUCAUCAGCAACAUCUUUACCUCAUUGGCCUGCCUCAUGGCAGUGACCAACGCCAUGCCUGCUAGUCUCGCUGCUCGCCAACCUUCAAACGAGUGCGCUACUGGCACCUCUUUUUUCCACUGCGGUGAGCACAAGGGCUGCUUCGCUAAGGAUCCUUGUGUUGAGCCAACCCCCUCAAACCCCUCAACCCCCGAUAAGCCGGAAAGCGAAUGCCCUUCUGGGUCGGGACAGACAGUCAUCACACCAUCGGCCAUCUACAACAUCUUUCCCAAGCACCCCGAAGUUGCCCAGGAUUCAGUUUCUGGUGUCCGUCUGGAAUCCUAUGAUGGCGCCUCCCAAGUUGAGCAGGUCGUUGUCUUCAGCGGAAUUCCCACCGAGGCCAAGACCUGCAGCUUCGGUUGGAAGCAGGGAGAGAAGCUUGACCGAGUCUUCAUUGUCAGGGGCAGCGAUGGCGUGUCUGAUGUGAGGCAGCUGUCGGGCUUCCCAGAGGGCAAGGAUGUUACCUACAACUCCAUCAAGCCCUUUGAUGACGCCAAGAAGAACGUCGGAGGCAUUGACUUUGCCAACUGGGACGAUCUUGACUCCGCCACCCAUGACGCCGGUAGUGUUGACUGUGCUGAGACCCUCUACUUCAAGGUUUCCCUCAGGAACGGAGAUAGCGGCACCAAGAUUUACCUCGGCCAAGACGGGAACAACGGUUUUGACGUGUCGUACUCUUGCUAG